AUGAAGCCAUGCAUGUUCGUGACUGGUAAUGCCAACAAGGUGAUCGAGGUCAACGCUAUCCUUGGUGAGGCGGUCCCAGUUCAAUCCCUUGCCUUAGACAUUCCCGAGAUUCAAGGAACGUUGGAAGAAAUCGCAACCGAGAAAUGUCGACGCGCCGCUGAGAUUAUCAAUGGGCCGGUGUUGGUAGAAGACUCGGCCUUGGAGUUCAACGCGAUGAAAGGGUUGGCAGGUCCUUAUGUAAAAUAUUUUCUCGAGUCAUUGGGAAAUGACGGUCUCAAUAAGCUCUUGUUUGCCUACGAGGACAAAAGCGCCCAAGCUGUAUGCACGUUUGCUUUUUCCUCCGGGCCAACAAUGGAGCCGCUGGUUUUUCAGGGGAAACUGAAGGGUAAAAUUGUACCUGCUCGUGGUCCACCCAGAUUCGGUUGGGAGCCGAUUUUCGAACACGAGGGAGAGACUUUAGCUGAAAUGGAGCAUGACAAGAAAAAUGCACUCUCGCACCGAUAUCAAGCAUUGUACAAGUUCCAGCAGUGGCUGGCCCAGGGCGAUAACCGAUCACUAUAUUUCGAGAGCAAAUAA